AUGGGACGUGAGGAGCAAGGAAGGACUUGGUGCAUGGACGCAGCUCAACUGGAUACGCAAAGGAAGAAGGAGGAAGCCAUCUUGAAGACCAGCUCGACCACCUACUCGACCAUCCGGUCGAGUUCCUCAACUCGACCGGCCAAGCUUCAACUCGAUCGAGCUGAGAAGUCAACAGUCAAACCCGAAAAAUGUUGCUUCCCCCUUGACUUUCCUUUGACCCUAAACCUAAAUCCUCUUGCGAUUCUCCACAUGGAAGUGAUGGAAAUCGUUGGAAAAGGUCCACUAAGAGCUCCAAUAACUCUUGCUCUCGAAAUGGAGUUCAUAGGGGUUGGAUGGAUUAGUUUGAGCAAUGAUCCUAUGGCCUCCAAGGCUUGA